UUUUCUUUCUUUUCUAUUUUCAUAGCCAAUUGAAGUGGUUGUACAGCGAAAUUGCUGACACGUUUUAAUAAAAAAAGAUAUAUAAAAUGACCGAAACUUUGCAGUUACGUGGAACACUUUUGGGGCAUAAUGGCUGGGUAACACAAAUUGCAACAAACCCCAAAGAUCCAGACUCCAUUAUAUCAGCCUCCAGAGAUAGGACUUUAAUUGUAUGGAAACUCACUCGGGACGAUGAAACCAAUUAUGGUUUCCCUCAAAAACGUUUGUAUGGCCAUUCACAUUUCGUUAGUGACGUUGUAUUAUCAUCUGAUGGUAAUUAUGCAUUGUCUGGAUCUUGGGACAAAACUCUCCGUUUAUGGGAUUUAGCAGCUGGAAAAACAACACGUCGUUUUGAAGAUCAUACAAAGGAUGUACUAUCUGUUGCAUUUUCGGCUGAUAAUCGUCAAAUUGUUUCUGGUUCUCGUGAUAAGACGAUCAAAUUAUGGAACACCCUUGCCGAAUGCAAAUACACAAUUCAAGAUGAUGGUCACACUGAUUGGGUUUCAUGCGUACGCUUUUCACCAAAUCAUUCAAAUCCCAUAAUCGUUUCAUGUGGUUGGGAUCGUACCGUUAAAGUAUGGAAUUUAGCUAAUUGUAAAUUGAAAAAUAAUCACCACGGACAUAGUGGGUACUUAAAUACAGUAACAGUUUCACCUGAUGGUUCUUUAUGUACUUCUGGUGGCAAAGACUCGAAGGCACUGUUAUGGGAUUUGAAUGAUGGCAAAAAUUUGUAUACGUUGGACCAUAAUGAUAUAAUAAAUGCUUUAUGUUUUUCACCAAAUCGCUACUGGUUAUGCGUUGCCUACGGUCCAUCUAUUAAAAUAUGGGAUUUAGCAUGCAAAAAAACUGUUGAAGAAUUAAAACCAGAAGUGGUAUCUACUAGUACGAAAGCUGUUCCACCCCAGUGUCUCUCAUUGGCAUGGUCAACAGAUGGUCAAACUUUGUUCGCAGGAUAUUCAGAUAAUACUAUCCGAGUAUGGCAAGUUUCUAUUUCACGUUAAAAAUUACACUUCAUUCAUGAAAGAAAUUGAAUUUUAAAGUGUAUGAAAUUGAAAAUAAACGUUGUUUAUUAUAUAAACAAAA